UCAUAUGGUCGACGAGUUUGAAAGCCGGGGGUGUGCUUGUUUAUGAUACGUUUGAUGGAUUAUUUUCACGAUCAGUGAAUUUCUAGUUUUUUUUUCUUUGAGCUGAAAAUAAUGGCAAAUGCCCCAGUCAUUGUCAUUGAAGACAAUCCAUCAAAUUUUUUGGAAUAUCGUUUACGAGGUCAACCUUCUGUCAUUUCCUUUGAAGAGUUGAAUUUGGGGCAUUCUUCUCUUCGUAAAAUUGCGCCUUACGCACUGAAGAUCAGGCAAACUGCACUUAUACCAACCCAACAGUUUUUCAGUUAUGCUGCAGUUGUGGCAACUAUCGAUGAAACCAGUUUAGCUUGCAUCAUUUUUGACUUGGUGAAUGCUGAUGAAAUAAUUGCUUACGCCGGGCAUUUCGUCAUCCAAAAAAAUUUCUUAUUUGAUCCUGUUUCAAGAGAACCAGUUAUUUCAGAUUUAUCACUGCUGGACAGCAAAAUAUAUCAAAGUCACUUGACUCUUUUUUCUUCGGCAAAUCCACAUCUUCUGCAGUUUCAAGAUUACUUUCUUCACAUGUGUGAGCCUUACCAAGAGCUGGUAACAAAAUCUCAGGAUAUGUUGAUGUCUACAUUACAGCAGCAAAACAAUGUUGUUUCCAUGCCAAAUGAAAGCAAUCGGGUUGUAUAUUUGCUGCGAGAACCACUGACAACAAGUUUCUACCAUGAAACAGCAUUGCCAAUCAGUAAAAAGAGCGUGAAGAGGAUAACCCAAAAAAUUCAGCCUAUUGGAUCAGUCAAAGUAGUCUACGGUGAACUGGGAUCUUUCCAUUCUCAUUCUUACUGCCAACCCAAGGCCACUGAAGAUGCUACCAAUUUCAACGCAGUUGACGAAACCGAUGGCAAAACCACUUAUUACUCUGCAUACGAAGAGCCAGGGCUCAUGCCAUUUUACUACACGAGUUACCUGCUAGGCAGCUUGCGAGAUCGCCAUGUUGUCGGUGUACUAGAAAAGGAUAACUUCUUCAUCAUGGCCACCAAGCGAGUCUACAAAAGAAACUCGCCCGCAGUUCCAAUCAGCCCCGAGAGUCUGGAGGGAUCGGAAGUGGUCCAAAAGAUCCACCUGCCUUCCACCCUGUCUCUAUCUCAGGUGGUGACCAUGUUGGAGCUGCGUCAAAUCCUUCGCCACCCUUUCAUGUUCCCUGAAGAAAUUGAAGCCAUCACAAAAUCAUUUGGAUUCGACGAGGGUUAUUUUCCCACGCACACUUUCUCCCAUCAGAUUGGCCCUAAAACUUGGCUCAUCGACAUGCUGGACGUUCAUUACACCGAUUUGUUCCAGAAUUCCGUCUGCGAGUACGGGGAAACUCCCAUCGAUUCCAACAAGCCUUCGCUAUUCUGUUUAGACAUUGCUCGGCUGUGGAUUCACGAAUUGCUGAUGUUUAUCCAUGAAGACAUACCACCAAAUGAUGACCGCGAGUUGAGUAAUUCCUUCCGGAUGACCAUCGCCAAGUUUGUCCAGUCUUACCUGGCCAGCUUUGGACUGUCACCCGAAUUUGCCAUCACUUGCCAUCACCUCGGACCGGACGGCAUUCCGUCAUCCGUCUGCCAGAUGUCCGUCUCCGCAAAAGACAUUGGCAAGCACAUCCAAAUGUACCACACGACUCCGCUGCUGGUGUGCGAUCAUUUCAGACCUUUUUCGCUUUCCUUCACGUCGAAAUUCGUCUCGCUGACCAACCAGACGGACGUGUCGCCACUGGAGAUCAUCAAGUCUCCUCAAUUUUUUGCCACUUUUUGGUCGUUGACGGACUACGAUUUGUCAGUGCCACUUGCUGCGUACGUACGUAAAGGGCAACGCCUGAAGGUAGCCAUUCAACAGACAAAUGAAAAUCGUGAUCUGCCAGCCAGUAAACGGAAGAAAGAGUUGGAUCGCUGUAAGGCUUCGAUGGACAAUCUUCUGGAAGAAGAAAAGGAACAGAAAGAUCACAAUGUACGUAUCAUGGCGCGAUUAACUCAAGAAAAAGACAGCUGGUUUCUCGUGUCAGAAUCCGGAGACCGGAAAGGGGUCGCCCAGUUUCUUCACCACUGCCUUUUUCCUCGCUGCGUUUUCUCCACGCCAGAUGCCUUAUUUUGCGCUCGCUUUGUACAGCUUAUGCACAAAUUGAAAACACCAAAUUUUUCAACUCUUUAUUGCUAUGAUCGCAUCUUUUGUGUUAUCACAUCAUUGACUAUGUGUACGGAAAACGAGGCCAAUCGUUAUGGACGCUUUUUGUGUGCCAUGCUCGAAACUGUAAUGCAUUGGCACUCAAACAAGAAAAUAUUUGACGAAGAGUGUGCCAAUUAUCCUGGAUUCGUUAUCAAAUCUCGCGUCGGCAACCAGCCUCUGGAAAAUCACGUUGAUUUUGAAAUCUAUCGUCAUGUUGUUUACAAGUGGCACCACGAGAUUUCCAAAGCGCUAGUUGUAUAUCUUGAAUCAAAAGACUAUGUCCAGAUUCGAAAUGCACUGAUUGUUGGAAAUGGAACUCUUGUUGGCGGUGUCGGACCGUUCAACUUCCAAGAUUGA